AUGAAAAAUAAAACAUUAUUGACCUGUUGGGGGGAGAAGUACAGCACAGAAGAAGACACUGCAGGGCCUCCAGGGCCAGACCUGUGGCCACAGGCUAGCAUUGACACGGGCCCAAAGUCCUCAGACAUGUUUCUCAUAAUCCAGUGCUCCAAGACCACCAUCUUCACGGACUCCAAGGAGUCCAGCACUGUGUUCAAGCAGAAGCACAUUGUCAAGGGCAGCCUCAAGCUGCAGGAGGAGCAGAGGCUGUGCAAGGAGAACCAACUCCUUCAUGACAGGAAAACUCUGGGCGAAUGUGGCAUCACUGGUCAGAGAGCAGGGCCACAGGCCCCAGCCAUAGUGUGUCUGGCCUUCCAAGCAGAUGAUGUCUUCGAAGCUCUGCACAUUGAACCUUUCUCCAGCCUUCCACAGCUUCCAGAUGUGACGAGGUCACAGGAUUCUGGCGGCCAAUGA